CAGGAUCACCUAUUAUUAAAUAAUAAGAAUAAAAAUAAACAGAUUUUCAUGAUUGAGAACUUCAAAAAAAUAGAGGAAGUUGAACUCCAUGUCAAAUCUGAAAGCAUACACAUUUCAAAACAACAGAAGGGGAAAAGAACUGUAGCAUAAAUAUAUUUACAGAAGUUAUUUCCUUUACUGCUGGAGAACAUUAUAUAACAAGACUAUUGAGAUUCUACAAAAGGAAGGAAAGCUACACAUAAGGGCAAUCCAUGAUGUCACGAGACACUCCACUCCUGGAUGGUGUGGAUAUUUUUUACAUUGCUGCAGAAUGUGUUAUUGCAGUUCUGUCAAUAUUGGGGAACAGUCUGGUUGUUGUAGCAGUGAAAAUCGAUAAAUCCCUCAGAAACACAACUUUCUUCUUCAUUGUUUCACUUGCAGUGGCUGAUAUAAGUCUUGGAGUUAUACUGAUCCCUUUAGCUCUUAUCAUGAAUGCUGGAAUACAGAUUAAGUUUUACGGAUGCCUUCUCAUGGCCUGUGUUAUACUUGCAAUCAUCCAGGGUUCUGUACUGUUUAUGCUCAUGAUUGCAAUAGACAGGUUCUUAAAAGUAAAGAUCCCCACAAGGUACCGGAUGACAGUUACUCCUUACGUGGGCUGUGUCACUACUGGAAUUUGUUGGCUGGCUGCUGCUCUGAUAGGAAUCGUUCCGAUGUUUGGAUGGAAUAACAGAGAAAAAAUACUGGAAGAUGGAAAUUGUACAAAUUGUUACAUAACAUGUACAUUUACAAAUGUUAUAAGCUUCAGCUACAUGAUGCUAUAUAACUUCCUGGGAUGUUUUUUUCCUUUAACUCUCAUGAUCAUCUUAUAUGCAGUUGUAUUCAACACCAUUCGAAAGCAGUUCCACCCUCGAUCAAAACAAGGACAAGAGCCACUAGAAUAUUAUAAGAAAGAAAUGAAACUUGCAAAAUCCCUGUUAUUAGUUUUGCUUUUAUUUACUUUAACCUUUCUGCCUCUGCAUGUUAUGAACAUUUUAAACUAUUUUUGUCUUGAAUGUAAUAUACCCAAAGCUGGCAUUUAUAUAAUUAUAAUUUUAUCUCAUUCAAACUCAGCACUGAAUCCAAUGGUUUAUGCCUUCAGAAUAAAAAAGUUCAGGCAAGUAUUUAUUACUGUUGGGAGCUUGCACAUCCCAAAAAGGAAUGAAGCAGGCAAGAGAGUUUAUCCUCAGGUCAGUACAGAUGACCAGAUAGAGAGUAACAGAACAUGUGACUCAAGAUGACCUUUUACAGAACUCAUAAAAAGUGCAAUCUGAUUAACAUAUGGACAGCAGUACAGUAAAACUAUAAUUUUACAUUUUUAACAUUGUAUACUUUAUUUUUUACAAAAAGCAAUUAAAAUGUGUUCUUCAGCUAAACAUUUAUGUCACACCACACAUAUCACAGGUACUGUGUAUUUAUCUGUUUAUACUAAUCCUUACUUUUAUAUAAUUUAUUGUUCAACAAGUAAACCAUGACCAUUCCGCUGAACAUGAGUCUGCAAAUACUGAACCUACAAUCUUCCUGGAAAAUAAUGAAUGCUUAACUUUUUUCAUGCCUGAGUCAUUUGAUGUUUAUCAGUUUUGUGUUUCACACUUUCAAAUGUUUUAUCAAUUUUUACACAGUGGAUGCUACAGUAACCAAAAAUGUAAAACAUGGGUAAAUAAUCUGCUAUUUCUGCAGUAUAAAAGUGAUGUGUAGUAAAAAGCAACCUUCUAUGACCCUGUUCUUGAACACCUUUUAGUAGCUGCAGUAACAGAGAAACCUUGGAAAAUCACUGAAUAACUUGAUAAUGAGGUAUUCCACAAAUACUAGUUCUGAUUAAUUCUUUGCAUUGAGGGUCAUAAUCUCAAUGUUUAAUCAUCUUCUUUCGGCUGUUCCCAUUAGCGGUCGCCACAACAGAUCACCUGUUUCCAUUUCUU